AUGCCUGACAAGCCCACGACCGUGGUCGCCUAUGCGGCUGGUGCAUCGCUAGCCGCCAUUGCCGCCUUCUACGUGUUUGGGCCGACAUUUUUCAUAGAUGGCGAGAACUCAUACAACACCAACGAUGGCCGGAAACGAACAAUCAUUGGCCUCUCGAACCCGGCAAACGACUGCUUUAUGAACUCUGUCCUCCAGGCUUUGGCCGGCUUGGGUGACCUCAGACUCUAUCUGAUCAAGGAGCUGCAUAAGAAACAGCUCGACGGGCCUGAGAUAUACGAUUCCGUUCCGCCGGUGCUGCGCAAGGGCGAAAAAGCUGAGAAGAUCGUUGGUCUGCAAAAGGGACCCGUCACAAAGGCGCUGAAGGAUAUGCUGGACGCCCUGAACGAGAGACCCAUAUACAAGAAGACAAUCAGCGCACGGCCUCUUAUAGAGGCGCUGGAAAGAGCCUUCAAUACGCGGAUUAGCCGGAAUCAACAAGACGCGCAGGAGUUUCUACAAAUCGUCCUGGAACGGCUUUGCGACGAGUAUCAUGCCGCGCAACGAGCACGCCUCAGAUCGGAGAAUCCAGAUCACACCGACGAAACAGACAUAGCCGACUCAAAGCCGUCAACCGCAACUCGUGCAUUGACUGAGGUCACCGUGGGAACGAGCGAAGGUUUUCCUUUCGAGGGACGGAUCGAGUCUCAAAUACAAUGCCAACGUUGCGGCUUCAGAACAAAGCCCACUGCAACAACAUUUGUAUCUCUGACACUGAACGUUCCACAGAAAAGCUCAACUUCUCUAGACAACUGUUUUGAUAUUUUAUUGAAGAGUGAAGAGAUUGACGAUUUCAAAUGCGACAAAUGCCGGCUCCAGCAUGCCUUAGACUGGAAGAAUAACAAACUUACGUCUGCAAAGACUGAAAAGGAUCGGGAAGAAUUAGAAAAUGAGAUUUCCUUGGUGGAACAGGCGAUCCGAGACGACCCUGAAAAGGCGCCUGAGGGUGUAACACUGCCUGAGUCAAGCCUUGCACCAAAGAGCAAGAUCAAAAAAUCAACCCGGAUCACCGUGUUUCCGAAAGUGAUCGCCAUCCAUCUCUCGCGCUCAGUUUUCGAUCCGGGGAACUACUCCACCAAAAACAUGGCAAAGGUGUCGUACACGCAACGACUCCGCCUUGGAGGACUGCUCAACGAGCACUGGUACAAGCUGCUGGGGGUUGUAUGUCACAAGGGCAGCCAUCACAGCGGACAUUACGAGUCAUUCCGACGGAACCACCUGUAUGCACCAUAUGCUACUCCGGAUCCAUUCAGCGCAUAUGCAGCCGCAAGCCGCUACCCCAGCUCUGUCCCUUCAGUGACGCCUAGUCCGACCAUAAAGGCCGCCCAAAAUGGUGGUCUUGACGGAUGCAGUGCGCCUGCCGAUGGACAAUCAAGCAUAUCACUGUCAUCCGCCUCAUUAUCGACCGGAAAUAGCAGGCCAACCUCCAACGGGGUGGAUGCUAUGGGACCGCCUGCGGAAGACGGGCCGGCUAUGACACCGGUACAGAGAAUUGACACCCAGCUGUCAAAGCAAAUAAGGACGACAGAUCCGGUGCCGGGCAAAUUCAGGCGGCGGAAGAAAUCCAAUGACAGGUGGUGGCGCAUCUCAGACGACAAAAUCAAGGAGGCGAGGCUGUCAGAUGUGCUCUCAAUGCAACGUGAGGUCUAUCUGCUGUUUUAUGAGCUCGAGCGGCCAGGCGAUGACACUGGCGCUUGA